AUCCUUGCUGUUCAAAUCCAUGCCAGAACAGAGGAGUGUGCAUGACAACAGGAUUUGACCAAUAUGAAUGUGACUGUACACGGACGGGAUACUACGGGGAAAACUGUACUAAACCGGAAUUUUGGACUUGGCUUAGAGUGAUGCUGAAACCCACUCCAACAACUGUUCAUUACAUCCUCACGCACUUCAAAGGAGUCUGGGAUAUAAUCAACAGCAUCCCGUUUCUUCACGAUGCCAUCAUGAGAUACGUGCUGAUGUCAAGGUCCCAUUUAAUUGAGAGCCCACCAACAUAUAAUAGCCAUUAUUCCUACAAAAGCUGGGAAGCAUAUUCGAAUCUUUCCUACUACACCAGAGCUCUCCCUCCAGUAGCCCAUGAUUGUCCGACACCUAUGGGUGUGAAAGGCAAGAAGGAACUUCCAGAUUCACAAAUCAUCGUUGAAAAAUUUCUGCUGAGGAGAAAAUUUAUUCCGGACCCUCAAGGCACAAAUAUUAUGUUCACAUUCUUUGCCCAGCAUUUCACCCACCAGUAUUUCAAGACGGAUCACCACAAAGGGCCAGCCUUCACAAAAGCCCUUGGCCAUGGGGUUGACCUGAGUCACAUCUAUGGAGAGACUUUGGACAGACAGCUGAAACUGAGACUGCUCAAGGAUGGAAAGCUGAAAUAUCAGAUGAUCGGGGGAGAGAUGUACCCGCCUACUGUGAAAGAAACCCAGGCAGAAAUGAUAUAUCCACCUCACGUCCCUGAGCACCUGCAAUUUUCUGUAGGACAGGAGGUCUUCGGUUUGGUGCCAGGAUUGAUGAUGUAUGCCACCUUAUGGCUCCGGGAACACAACCGGGUCUGUGACGUACUUAAAAAAGAGCAUCCAGAAUGGGAGGAUGAGCAGCUCUUCCAAACUGCCAGGCUUAUCUUGACAGGAGAGACCAUCAAGAUAGUGAUUGAAGACUAUGUGCAGCACUUAAGCGGCUACCACUUCAAGCUGAAAUUUGACCCGGAACUGCUCUUCAACCAACGAUUCCAGUAUCAAAACAGAAUAGCCGCGGAGUUCAACACUCUUUACCACUGGCACCCCCUUCUGCCCGACACCUUUCAAAUCCAGGACCAAGAGUACACCUACCAACAAUUUAUCUAUAACAACUCCAUCAUGUUGGAGCAUGGCCUAUCCCAGAUGGUGACCUCUUUCUCCAAGCAAAGGGCUGGAAGGGUUGCUGGGGGUAGGAACGUUCCUGCUGCUGUACAGAAAGUAGCUAAAGCCUCCAUUGAUCAAAGCAGGCAGAUGAGAUACCAAUCCUUGAAUGCAUACCGGAAGCACUUUCUGUUGAAACCUUUUAAGUCAUUCGAAGAACUCACUGGAGAAAAAGAAAUGGCUGCAGAACUUGAAGAGCUUUAUGGAGAUAUUGACGCGAUGGAGCUCUACCCAGCACUUCUUGUUGAAAAGGGGCGUCCAGGUGCCAUCUUUGGUGAGACCAUGAUAGAAAUCGGGGCACCAUUUUCCUUGAAAGGCCUCAUGGGUAAUGCCAUCUGCUCACCUGAAUACUGGAAGCCAAGUACUUUUGGGGGCAAAGUUGGCUUUGACAUAGUUAACACAGCCUCCCUCCAAAAUCUCAUCUGCAACAAUGUGAAGGGCUGCCCUUUCACUGCCUUUCACGUCAUAAACUCAGAAGCAGCAGCAACAACUAACUUCAGCACUUCCAGUGCUGGAAUAGAAGAUAUCAACCCUGCUGUGUUAUUGAAAGAACGGUAUGCUGAGUUAUAGAGAACUUCUGGUCAUUUUAUUUAUUUAUUUAUAUAACAAUCUAAAUUAUUCUAUUUAUAUUUAAAAUG